AUGGCUGCAAUGACAACUGCCCUAGCAGGAGCAUUCCGCUCCGAGCGCCUCACAUACCGCGCAAUCGAAGACACCGAAGCUGACAAGGCCUUCGUGUUCCGGGACCUGAACAGCGACCCCGCCGCCUUCGGCAUGGCCUCCUUCGCCAUGCACCAGCCCUGCACGCGACAGAAAAGCGACCAGAACAUCGAAUCUGCCCUCAAGGCCUCGCUGCUCAGCGUCUUCAUCUGCCUGCCUGGCAAUGAAGAUGAGGAGGUCAGCGACCCGACACCGAUUGGCAUGCUCUUCCUGAGCGACUCGGGCUUCGCCUCGCUGGCGUACUUCCGGCGCACGAGACUUGGGAUCCAGAUCGCAGACGCGCAUCAGGGGAAGGGAUACGGUACCGAGGCGAUUAGCUGGGCAGUCGACUGGGCGUUUCUAUGGGCGGGCGUGCACAGUGUGGCAUUGAUGACGGCUUCGUACAAUGAGAGGGCUUUGGCGCUGUAUGAGAAAUUGGGGUUCAAGGUCGAGGGCGUCAGCCGUGAGGCGAUUUACAUGGAUAGGAAAUGGUAUGAUAUGGUCCAGCUUGGAAUGCUGGAGCAGGAGUGGGAGGCGCAGAGGAAGAAGAGUAUAAGGGUCCAGCACAGACGCGACCACAAGCAGCUGUGCGAGCUCAUAAAGGAGAACCGCCAAGACGUCAAUGCGCAAGAACGGAAACUGCGCGCCAUAUCUCGACUUUCCGGCAAUGCUGGCGACGUCUUUGCACAGUGGCGCGGUCGCUUCUGGAGACUGGCCGAGAGCAGACCGUACAUGAUAGCCCGCCAGGGUCUGGUCGACUCCUUGCUCAAUAUCGACACUCGCCACGCAUCCCAGGAGGCGGCUGAACACAUGCGCGACAUGCUUCAACUGGCGCGCAACGACGGCAUGGGUAUCCGCAACCAGCUGCCUGGGCAGCUGCUGAGACUCGGUCAAGACCAGGAAGCCUACGACUUUAUGAAGUGGUGGGCCGUCAUCGAAAAUGACGAUGAGCACGACGCGUCCGACAUGAGCCUGCCGUAUCUCGACGUCCACGGCGCCGAUGUCUUCGAGCCGGUGGCGCUCUUCACCAACGAUUCGCCCAUCAGAGAGCUGACCCCCCGCGUCUGCGUGACCCUGAUCAAGCUGCGGCUCCUCAACGACCUUGAGACUCUCCAGAAAGCGGCCCCCGGCGCAUCGCUAGACAGUCGUCGGGAAAGCGUCGGUCCCAUCGUCACGCAGCGAGAGGACAUCUUGAACCGAGACGACCAUGGACCUCACAUCGAAGAACUGAAGACACAGAUCAGGGCUCUAUACGCGUCUGUCCAGAAGUCGAAUAAAUACUUCUGGCCGGCUCUCUGUAGCCCUUCAAAGACCAUGAACCAGCCUCUCCCGGGUAGCUUCGGCCCUGGAUCGCCGCAGGAGAUACAUAUCUUUUUGCGAUAUAAUGUCGACAGCUGGUACGAGACCAAGGGGACGACGCGCCGUAUCAAGGCCUUGAUACAGGGAAAUUUCUGA